AUGACGAUCGCUAACCUGCUUGUUUCGCUGAACAACCAAGUCCACGAGAACAAGGGCCAGUCCCUCCUCGUGACGCUCCUGAUUGGCCCGCUGAUCUACAUCUUCAUCAACGAACUCAUUCGUCACAAUGCGAGGAUCAGCAACUUGAAGGGCCCUUCGGGGUUACCGCUGAUCGGCAAUAUCUGGGACAUUCACAUCAACGCCGCUGAGAAAUACCGCGCUUGGGCGAAAAAGUACGGUCCCGUUUAUCAGAUUCAAUUGGGGAAUAUUCCUAUCGUUGUUGUCAAUUCUGCGGCCGCUGCGAGGACUAUUUUUGGUGCGAAUGCACAGGCUUUGAGCUCGAGACCCGAAUUUUACACCUUUCACAAGGUCCUCUCUGAUACUGCUGGUACUACAAUCGGCACUUCUCCCUACAGCGACUCCCUCAAGCGUCGUCGCAAGGGCGCUGCCUCAGCUCUCAACCGCCCAUCAGUCGCUACAUACGUCGAUCAUCUCGAUGUCGAAACGCGCGACUUCGUCAGGGAGCUUUUCGAAUAUGGCAAAGGUGGCAAUAUCCCCGUUGACCCUAUGCCCAUGAUCCAACGCCUUUCUCUAUCUCUCGCACUCACACUCAACUGGGGCAUUCGACUCAAGAGUCAAAAAGACGAUCUUUUCUCUGAAAUCACCCACGUCGAGGAAGAAAUCAGCCGUUUCCGCUCUACCACUGGCAAUCUCCAAGAUUACAUUCCUCUCCUCCGUUUGAACCCUUUCAACAUGCACUCUGCCAAGGCAAAAGAGAUGCGAAACCGUCGGGAUAAGUACCUCACUGAUCUUAAUAACGGUCUUGACGAGCGUAUCGCAAACGGGACUUACAAGCCCUGUAUUCAAGCCAAUGUGAUAAUGGAUAAGGAAGCCAAGCUGAACAAGGACGAACUCACCUCAAUCAGUCUCACCAUGCUGUCAGGCGGUCUUGACACUGUUACUACACAGGUUGCGUGGUUUGUCGCGUAUUUGAGCCAACACCCUGAGAUUCAGGAAAAGGCUGUCUCGGAGAUCAGGAAGUUUUACAGUGAGAAGCAGCCCAUGUGCGAUGAGCAAGAUGAUCAGAAGUGCGAGUAUAUCGUUGCGCUUGUGAAGGAGUCGUUGAGAUAUUACACUGUCCUGAGACUUGCGCUGCCGAGAGCUUCGAUUAGGGAUAUUGUCUAUGAGGGCGUUACUAUUCCCAAGGGAACUGUUGUUUUCUUGAACGCUUGGGCUUGCAAUAUGGACGAUCAAGUCUGGUCUGAUCCCGAGGUCUUCCGCCCAGAGCGAUGGUUCGAACAGCCCGAUGCUCCUCUCUUCACCUACGGCGUUGGUUACCGCAUGUGCGCUGGCUCUCUCCUCGCCAACAGAGAACUGUACCUUGUCUACAUGAGACUUCUAAACAGUCUCAAGAUUGAGAAGUCUGACGAGGUCGACUGCCAUCCUAUUACUGGUAGCUUGGAUCCUACAAGUCUUGUCGCUUUGCCUCGUCGAUACAAGGCUAUUUUCAAGCCUAGAAACCCUGAGGCUUUACAGAAGGCUUUGGCGGUUGAGAACUAA